GUUCUCAGACGAAUAUAAUUCGUUAUUCGUCUGACACUCAGGCUACGAUAUUCAAGCAAAAUAUAAGAAUAAUGCAGUAAACUAUCUUACAGUAAACGAUAAGGGCAAAUUUAAAUGGAUUAGUUCCUUCGAAGAACUUAAAACAUUAAUGAACGAGCUCACAGAGAAGGAUUUAAAAUGGACAUCGCCGGGUGGCCAUUGUAAAUUGUUAGAAUUAGACGAAGCCGAAAUCAGAUGGUAUUCGAACAAUAAAUCAUUCACUAUUAGCGGAAAAGCAAGCGAUGAUAUUAAGUCUCAGCUACGGAUUCUUGCUGACUUAUCUCACGACGACGGUAAAGACGCCGUGAUCGAUGGCGUUCGAAGCGAAGGCUGUGAAACCGGGCAUAGCGAAGUCAUUGAUGAAAAUGAGUCUAGGGAGUCAAAUGGAGCAAGUAAUUGUAAACAUACGGUGUGUCAAUGCCCAGUUCGCGAAAUUGUUGCUGAACUUAAAGGUAUGAAGCAUGAAAUUGCUAUUUUACAAUCUCUUAUCCAAUCGACUGUUAUUAAUAAUCAAGUACCUGACAAUGGUAGUGAGAUUUCCAGGCCAGAAGCUGAGCACCAAUCUGUUAUUGAUGAUUUGAAACUUAAAGCAUCUAUUCAAAUUGCUGACAUUAAAAGCGAAAUUGUUAAGCUUAGUGCUGAGCAUCAAUCUGUAAUUAAAGAUCAAAAUCUUAAGUAUACAAUUCUAGAACAGAGAUGGUUAAAAGCAGAAGAGGAGAGAGACUCUUUGCGUUCGGUCCUUAAAAUUGUUGUUCAGGAGAAAGACAGGGUAAAUGUUUCUAAUUUGCAGCCUGAAUACAGCUGUGUCGGUGAUCCCUCUGUCCAACAAAACAAUUUAAAAGCCCAUAGUAUGGUUAAUAAUUCAAGUUCUGCUAUGCAAAUAGACCUCACAAGCAGUGAUGAUUAUCAUAGUCAGCAAAGGGACUUAGGAGUUCAUCCCACUAUUCAAAUUACUCAAAAGCCUUUGUAUUCAGCCACCCAAACCUCUGAAAACAAUAUACCUCGCCUGGUCCCAGGUGGUCAACCAUGGAUUUCUAGAAGGUAUGAUCAAUUAAAUGUCAGCAACAGAAUCAAUAAGCCAACUCCAAUUAGUCGUUACCCCCAAAAUUCUGCUGCCUCAAUUUCUAGAACCAUACCUGAUCAGUAUCUUGUUGAUCAGCCUUGUUUACAUAAUGGCAGUAAUCAGGAGUCGAUUCAUCAGUUAGCGCAUGGGCAAGUCAACUCCGAUGCUUCCAAUAAGAAUAUGAUUAACAACACCAAUGCAUUAAACUGCAACCCAAGUCCCCACAGGCACAGUCCAUCUAUUGAUGUCAAUUCUACUGAAUCUAGAGUAACUCACCACCCUCCUAGUCCAUCCAACUCACGUGAUCAAUCAACUAUGAUUAGAGAUAGGCAUCAACCACCUAUGCCACCUCACCGUACCAAUAUUUCUAUAUUGGGAGACUCAAUGAUAAAGCGUGUUCAAUCUCGGAAAAUUCGGCGGGCCGUCAGUACUAGUAAAUCUGUCUACAUCCGCUCUUUUCCGGGUUCAAAAUCUUUAGAUAUGACAGACUUUGCAAGAACAACUAUGAGGAACAACCCGGACCACAUUAUAAUACAUAUUGGUACAAAUGAUGUACGCCAAAGUAAUCCAGAAGAUGUCAUUAGAAAUGUUGAAAACGUGUGCAAUCAGAUCAAAGACCAAUGUCCCCGUACUACCAUAUCACUAUCGGAACUGAUUGUUCGCAAUGACUUUCCUGAUGCUACAACUAAGAUCAGCAAAAUUAAUAAUGAACUGCUAUGCCUUAGUAGAUCUAAAGGCUAUUAUCUAAUUAAUAAUUCACACAUCAUUGUGCAAAAUCUUGAUAGAUAUGGCCUUCAUUUAAAUGGUAGUGAUGUUGACACUCUUACUAACAACUUUAUAAAUCAUAUUAAUUGUUUUUAG